UGUGAGCUAGCCCUGGGAGCAGCUGCCAGAGCCAUUUGUACCACCUCCCACAGCAUGCUGGGGGCAGCCGUGCAGCCACCUGCCGGAAGACAGCUGUAAGCCCAUCGAUCUGGGUGGCCAUACUCACAGCCAACUGCCUGGGCCCUGCUGGACCAUUACUGACACCUGCAGGUUCGGGUGCCAGCACCUGAGAUGCACCUACUCUGGAGGUUCCUGGUCCUCCUCCUGGGAUUACUAGCCUUGCCCUCAGCCCUGCCCAAGCAGCCUUGGCCUGGACUGACCAAGGCCCACAAGGAUGGCCGGUCCACCCUAGCGAGAAUUAUUGCACAGGGCCUCCUGAAGCACAAUGCAGAAGGACGAAUCCAGAGCAUGCGUCUUCUGGACCGUCUGAACGUCUCAGGGACAGUGGCCCCAGGGAUGGUGAGCUGGCUUAUUAGUGGCAUGAACUUCCAGCAGCAGCAAGAAAUAAGUAUCAACAUUACCAAUGUGCAGCUGGACUGUGACGGGAUCCAGAUGGCUUUCCCCAAAGAGUGGUUCUCCGCAAACAUCACACUUGAAUUUGACAUUGAAUUCAAACUACCCUUCAAUUCGAAUAUCCUCAAAACCCAUGCCCGAAUGGGCCUCGCUGCAGAGUCCUGGCUGGAGAAAGAUGAGUUCGGUCGGAGGGAGCUGGUGACAGGCAGGUGCCAAAUGGAGCCCAGCAGUGACAGUGCAUCCAUGACCACUGAGGCAGCGUCACCCAAGAUGAAGAAUUUUCUGCACAACCUCAGAGAAAGCCUGGGGAAAGUUAUCCCAAAUUUGGUAGAAAGUCAAGUAUGUCCUCUGAUUGGUGAGAUCCUCCGGCAGUUGGAUGUGAAGCUAUUGAAAGGCCUAGUGGGUGGCUGCUCAUAACCUUGGUCAGCCCUGAAUCAGUCAAAUCUCUGCUAUCAGGCUCGAGGGGCCUCCCAUUGCCUGCCAUUGGUCAAAAGGAGGUACUUCUGGUUGAGAUCUUACGUCUCUCUCAGUGUGUGGCUUCUGCUGUCCCCUGGAAAAAUGACCCCCAGGUCCCAAGACAUCCUGUCCUUUCCAACAAUAAACUCUAACUCUGAAGGA